CUUUGUUUUACUCGGAAAUGAAAACAAUUUUACAAUGAUAAAAAAACAAGAUAGUUUUAUCCAGAUAACGUAAUUUACAUGUAUUAAAGGUCACUUGCGCCAGUCAGAACAUGUUUCUUUUUUCCGUUUCUUCACAUUUUUGAUGAUAGUAUCGUGUAUUAAAUAAACAACAAAUCAGCUGUUUGUUAAGAUAAUCCGAAUGAGCUGUCAUUAUCUGUCACAGUGUUCAAAUUGACAAACAGUGAUUAAAAUCUCCCAUCUAAAUUCGACAAAAGGAGAUGAUAAUAUUUAAAAUCGUUAAUCAAAGAUUCUUAAGUCUUAACCUCAAAAUUAAAUUCCCCAUUUUUUAAUCGUGUAUCCUUAUCUGCCGCGAUUAUGUGUGACUAAUGAUGACUAACCCGGAAUAUUUGUUUCUUCUCGCUGUUUUAUUUCCUUAAACGAUAUCUGUGUGAUUGUUUUGUGGAAUACAAGUGGGUCAGUCACUGAAAGUGAUAUACAUAAUUUGUUAUUUUUUCGCGCAGACACAACUCUCGAUUUCGACGAGACUCUUAAUUAUCUCUCCGCGUUAUUCAGUUUCACAUUGUGUGAUUAGUGAUUUUAAAGUACGAGUCGCGGAAAAAUAAUUGUAGAAAGUCGAUGAAUAAGUGCAAGAAUGGAAGGAGCAACCGUCGGUGGAGUUCCAGUCGAAUCAUUGACUGGAGAGUUGGCUGGAGUUUGGUCAGGAUGGCGAGCUUCGGGCGAUCGGGAGGUGGUGAGAGAAGCUUCUGCCAAAGGAUUGCACAUUAGUCUCGCCUAUAAAUUCCUAGCUCACAGGAGAGGCUGUCUCCUGGAAGAAGCACAGUCUUAUUUUUCCAACGAGGUCGACAUUUGGGUGAACGAGCUUCUCAAAAAACGUCAAGUGCACAGAGCUUCUCAUGUCUUAAAGAAUGUGGGUAAAAAUCCGCCUGAAUUUAUCUGUGCAACUUGCCUAAAAUGCAAAGAACCGUCUUUGAGAAAUUACCUGGCUCAGCAUUUAAUUAAUAUUAAUGGUUUCGAGGAGGAACACUGUGAAGCAUGGGAAAUGAUAAAUUUGAUGGAAGAAUACGAAGAAAGGCACAAACUACAGGGUGAACGGAUAUCGCACAAAAGUUUGGAAGAAAUACUAAAUUUGUCCAAAAACAUCAAAAAUGCCAUUUACACCGAGUUGUACUUUAACAAAUUCGACCCCAAAAUCGUAAAAAAAUUACAAAAUGACGUAGUUUGGAAUUAUCUUCUGAUAAAUAAUAGAAUUGAUUUAUUCAAAAAUUGGAUCAGUAUUAAUUAUGAAAGUGAUACCAAGGAAUUUGACGACGAGAAUAGAGCGGAGCAAACUUUUGGUCAUUUAAAAAUCACGGAGGAUAUGAUAUCGUCUAUUGAGAAAUCGAAUGCGAUAAUCCCAGUUAUUCAGACGAUACUCAACUUUUUAUGCAGGUUUGGCGUCUUUACGAACAAGGAGCAAAAGGAUUUCAAGUCAGUUUUAACCAGAUUUUACAGCAAUCUAAUCACGCCAUCCGAGUUUCACAAAAUCCUAUCUAAAGAAUCGUCCAACAUAAACAAAUAUGAAUUUUUGCGAAAAGUAGAUGCUGUGAGGCAUUCUAGAAAUUACCUUGAGGAUCCUGCACAAAAAUCCGAGACAAAGAAUACAAAUUUACGCGAUGCUUUGAACGAAAUGUGCGACGAUGGCAGCGAAUCACUCGAAGCUUUGGAACGAGGAAUUCUAGAAACCAUUUCCUACGUUUCGGAAGAGCCUCUCGAAUUUUUAAAAAGAAACUUUGCAAUAACUUUCACGUUAAUUUUACUCCAGCAUUCAAAGGAAAGUAGGAUCAGUGUCGAGGAUGGAACUUUAUCAAAAGAGAAAUCGUUGAAAGACAUUUUCUCGGAGGGAGAAGGUCUGAAAAUAGGUGACUUGACGAUUCCGAAAGAAAUUCUGCAAAAUGUUCUGGAUCGUCUGCCAAAUUUGAAGACUGAAAUUAAAGGCAAACCUUUGAGAAAUAAUGUCACGAUGUAUAUCCUUCUCGAUGGUUACAAGAAAUUAGAUUCGAGUCGCGUUUUCAAAUGGCGUCAGGAAAAUGGAAUAUUGCCGCAUUUUUCUAGUGAAUAUUUAGUUAAUAAGUAUGGACACAAGGAGAAAUUGACUUACAUGAAUUAUUUAAAGGAAUCGCGGCCAAAUAUGGCUUUUAGUAUCCUUCGUCGUCAGGAAGAAAAAUUCAGCUUUUCUUCUAAAACGAAAUCACAGCUUUCUCUCUCAGCGCACAUUUUUGGAUUGAGGCAUUUAAACGAAUUGGACAUUGUCAGCAGCUGUGUGUCUUUUAUCGAAUUGUUAGGCAUUGAUUCGGAAAAUUUAAGACUUCAUGUGACAGUGGCUCAUCAUGUUCGGAAAGAGUUAAAUAUUCCUAUUGAAAAUUUGUUGGAGUCCGUAGUUUAUAAAAAUCAGCAAGACCUGGCUGCAGUAUUAUCGCAUUUGGAACGUAGUUUCAAUGCAAUUUUGACCACUAAUUUAAUGAAAGAGUCAUCUGAAUUUGUUUCUGCCCUAAAAACGUGGGAUAUCGUUGUAAGAUUUGCAAGAGCGCACAACGCGGCACUUCCUGCUUCAUUUCUCAGAUUUUUGGCGUCGCACGAUGCGUGGAUCGAGUUUAUUUUAGUCGGACAAAUAUUUUCAUACCCCUCGGGCCAGAUUUUGGAGAGCAUGCGGCUGUUUGAAAACUUUAAUCUCCGAGAGCAUUUAUUAUUAUCACUGAACAAUCCUCAUCUUCCAAGUUCAAAUUCUUUCGGAGAGACUUUUAAAGUUAAAUCUCAAGAUCCUAGACAGUCUCUCUAUUUCAAAAUUGGAGUGAAACAAGCUUCACUUGAAACAAGUCCGCCUGUUUCCGGAGUUUGUAGUUCACUCGAGUCCCAAUCGUCAAUUUCUGAUGGUUCUCUGGCGAAUUUGAAAGUUCCUUCAUUUAUUAAUGAUUUGUGGCUGACUGUUCUGCAAUGUCACCAGAGUCAGGAUCCACCUGGUGCCUUAUUAAAGGCUUCACGAAACCGAAAAUCGCCUAUUCUUACAGUUUUAGCUUCUUGUUAUGAACCUUCUUCGGCCGCGACUCAUUGUUACUUGUGGCUUGUGUUUUCUGCGGGAAUCACAGAUUUCUUUUUAAAUCGGAAAGAUUCUCUCGAGGAUCAUGUUUGGUCGGCUAGUAAAGUUUUGCAACUUUUCGACGAUUUGGUUUCCCGUGGAUUCGUCGACACUCUUAACAAGGGUCUCUGUAUCUUUAUGCCUGAAAAUCCAUUGAGAUUGUUCUCCGAAUUUUUGGUGCGAUGCUUGGGCUUAGGAGAUUUUGAAAAUAGCAAAGAAAUUUUAAUCAAUUUUAUCGCCAGUUGUUCAACUCUUAAAUGCAACAAAAUGAUCAACUGGGAAACUGAUGAAACAUAUUUGGACAAUGUUUAUUGGAUUGAAACUGUGGUAGUGAAAUGUAUCAUAACUGCUUUAGGAAAACGUUUUCAAAGCAGAUGUGUCCAAAUAAAAUUUCUGGAAACUCUAACAAGUUGUGAUUUUUCCAAACAUUUAACAGUUAAUGGUCCAGAUUUUAAUUCAAUAUUAGAAAUCAUCAAAAUCCUCAUGAAGACUGACAUUAAGUUUAAUUUCUUGUCUUUCGACACUAUUGACAACGAACCAAAUUUUACUUAUGAAAUCGAAAGGUGUAUCAAUGAGUUGUUGAAGAAGGAAAAUUAUACGAGUGCCUUAGAAUUGUCGAAAGUCGCACAAGUGAAACCAUCCAAAAUAAUUCUUGCUCAGUAUCGGAGUGAAUUUAAGAAACGAAUUGGUGUCGUUGAUUCGAAUUUUUGGAAGCGGUGUUCUGCAGACAUCAAGUUGCAUAAAGUUUGUUACGAAAAGGCAGCCGAGUUCUUUGUGGAACACGCUGAAAAAGUUGAAUCCUGUAAAGAGCGGUUUGAAAUUUUGAAACUGGCUUUGGAGAUUCUCAAGGAAAAUUCCAAUGAUCGGCAAACCUGCGACAAGGCGGAAAUGGCGAUGUGGAAGUCUUGCAUCCUUGCUGGACCGGAAAAUAUAGAAAUCGAGAACCAGGAUGGAAUUUUCAACAAACUGAAAACUGAAUUAUUAUCAGAUUUGAACAGUUUACAAAUCACCUGUAAACUUAACGAUCCUCAUGAAAAAAAUGCGAUCGAAUUUUUAAUUAACAGAUUAUUGGAUGCUGGCAGAUUGGAUACAGCACUAAGAAUAGGAUAUUUUUUUAAUUACAAACACAAAGAUAUACAAAUUUUAAUGCUGUGUUUGAGUCUCGCUGAGGGAGAAGUUACACCUUAUCAAUUAACAGUUCAGCAAAGAUUGUUGAUUUCCGAACUAGGGAAGACGAAACAGAGACUCGGGGUUUUGCGAAAUAGAGGGCAUACGAGAUUAUCUUCAUCUUCUUCUCAAAAUUUGGGUUUAUCGACUUCGAAUUUAAGCGGUACUCAUGAAGAAGUGUUCAAUCCAGUUAAUCCAGAACAAUCAGACUGUAUGAAUUUAUUAACAAAAUUAUUGAAAAGUCUUCAGAAUGGUGUGACAAUAGGAACGAGAGUUGUGACGUGUUACAAACUGGCUGUAAAUUUGGGAAGAAGCUACCAAGCUCUACUGAUUUUAAACGAUCCCAUACGGCUUUUGCAAGAAGUCGUUUUAAGCAAUAACGAGCGGGCACUGGAACUUGCGAGUGAUAUAAUAAAUGCUUAUCGAAUUGGGGGUCGAGAAGUUGCUCAAUUUUUGGCAGAGGAGAUCGUUAGUUCUAUUACACGAGUUGUUGAAGAUGGAAAUAAUGAUACUGCGAUCUGGAAUUACCAUCUCGAUAUUAAUCUUCAUUCUGUGAUCGAAUUAUCCAAAGAUACUUCAAUUUUGGGACUAAAAUUAUUUGAUAUUGCUAGUAAAUUAUUGGGAAAUUCAAACGGAGAAAAACGAAAUGUGAUCACCCUGAAAAUCUCAGUUGAAUUGUUGAUAAGAUCUCACGAUUGUUUCACAACUUCUUGUAAUAUGGAGGGCAUAGCUUCUGUUUUAAGAAAGUGUCAACAACUGGCAAAUGCUCUGCAAAAUUUGAAACUCUGGAGUUUACUCGUUCGUUUAGUGACAGGUGUCGGUCGCUUUACGGAAAUGAGUUACGUUUUCAAAAUACUGAAGGAACAUGAUCAGUUCGAAUUUUUAUUAGGAAAGGGAUUGGACAAGGUUCCUGGGUUGCGAAUGGCUCUUCUCGAUUUUGUGAAGCGCCACUGUCCAGAGGACAAGGAAUUGCUGAAUAUUAUUGCACUCCAUUUUCGCUUGUAUUAUGAAAUUGCUUUAACUUGGGAAAGCGAAGCACGUGAAAUUAUUAAUGAAUUGGUUGCGGAGGCAAAGAAAGAAAAAUAUUCAGGCCAAGUCGACGUUCUACUAACGAGAAAUGAAAUCACGGAGAAGCGAUUGCAAUUGGCUGUUGCUAACUUGACACAUGCGACGCAGUAUUUUUUACAAGACAAUAAAUUAAAUUUGGCGAAUCGUUGUUCACAUCAGGCGGAAUUAGUGGCUCUGCAAAUUUCUUUACUCGGUGGUGUGCAAAAAUCUGAGAAAUUUUCCUGCAUUCUUAAUUUAAAUAAAGAUGAAAUGGACAAAGCAAUCUGCCUUUUUUUGAGCUUCCCUCAAGCUCUCAUCCUAGCAAGGGGCUAUAAUCACCACGUGGAUUGGGCGAAUGCUGUCUAUAAUCAUUGCCUGCUGCAUGGAGAAUCCAAAUAUUUUAAAGAAUUCGUCUCGUCUAAUAUGCUGACUACCUCCAUUGUUCGUGAUUGUGUGAGAAGGUUUCGUCUUGAGAAAAAUAUUACCAAGUCGAUGACGAUGAAUAUGCGAAUGUUGGUGGCUCAGCUGAAUGAUGCGGAAUGUAAAUACGUCGUGGCAAGUCAUCUCGGAUUUAAGGAUAUUAUCGAAUCGAUGCUGGAAAUUCCGGCAGUUGGUUUGUACUUGAAAGACACUGUCUGGAAGAAACGAUACGACGAAUCAGAUUUUAUCAGAUAGCCUUACAGUGAAAACUUCCUGAAAAAGGAAUUGGGUAUUAAAGUUUUUAGAUUAUAUUUGAAUAAAAUACUCUCAGAGAUCUUUAUAGACAUGCAUUCUUCUCAAAUGACAAUAUAUGCAGUUGUAUAUAUAUAAGCUGUUAAUAUCAAACGUAUUUCUUGUACAAGACUUGUUUCCAAAUAAA